UUAAAGGUUGAAGAAAAGGAGAAGCACAAAAGCAAUAAAAUGGCAGCAUCAGAAAACCUAUGUGAUGGUGCUGGUGAUGACAGUGACGAUGACGCAUUACUUCAAGAAAGAAAGAGUAGAAAAACUGACAGUUGGCAAUUUCCUAGGAUGGAGAAUGAAGUGUGUGAUAGGCCUGCAAAGAAAACACCUAAUGAAAAGAACAAGGUGAAAGAACAAAUACAGUCUAUGGGUGACCAUGAUGACUUAACUUGGUCAUCUGCAACAGCCCCAGAGGAUUAUUUUGUUAUCCUAUUGAAAAUGCAAGAUGCCAUUCUUUCCCAGCAAAGAUUAGUAGAACUUAAAAGCAAUGAGUGUGAAAGACUCACAAUAAAAAUUGGAAAAAUGGAAAACGAGGUUAGCGUUCUGCAAGAUGAGCUCUAUGAAGCCAAAAAAAUAAUGUCACAGUUAAAUUAUGAAAAAGCUGUAUGGGAAUGUGAACUCUCUACUUUGAGGGGUAAAAUCUGUGAUGUUGUAGAGUGUGAAAUUCUUCAAAGUAAGACAGUAAGUUAUAAACUGUGA